UGACAAUGUAUUAUAAUAUAGCAAACACGUAUUAUUUAAGCUCUACAGUGCUGUAACUUCAUGUACUCUAUCCAAAUAGUUGAAAGGGAGUGAGACGGACUGUUUAUUUGAGUAAUAAAGGCUCGACGCUGGCGUGGCUGUUUAUCAAUGGUGGGCUAUCAGUGAACAUGAAUGGGGAGUUGGAGAUGAAUGGAGACUAGCUGCUGUGAAUUCUGUCAUGGCGUAUAGAGCUGUAUGGGAGCUGUCCAAGAUUUGACAUUGGAGGUGGCUGCUCGUGCACAUGGCCAUUUAUAGAGCCAUAUAUCGCUCCCAAAUGGACCGAUGCAGCUCCCACUCGGGGACACUGUGUCCAUCCACGAGUGUGUUUAAUAUGAGUGUGUGAGAACUGCUGUAGACAGGUAGAGAGAGAGAGAGAGAGAGAGAGAGAAAGAGGGAGGUAGUGAUUGAGAGAGAGAGAGAGAGAGAGAGAAGGGAGGGAGGGAGCGAGAGAGAGAGGGAGGACGAUGAUGAUGAUGCUGCCGGUGGAAAAUGGCUGCUGCAUCCUCGAGCCCAUCCGAAACCAUAUGAAGGUGGACAGAGAAAGACAAGAAAAUGAGAGCAGCGAGCACAAGGAUGUGCGUGUCCGAGCGGUGGUGAUGACACGUGACGAUUCUAGUGGUGGCUGGGUGCCCCUUGGAGGUGGCGGCCUCAGUCACGUGAUCAUUUGUAAGGGGCGGAGCUCUGAAGGUCGUGGGCGGAGAGAGUACGUCAUACGCGGAGAACGGCUACGCGAUCGAGCACCUGUGCUGGAAUGCGCCAUUCAAAAGGGUCUGGUCUACAACAAGGUGAACCCCAUCUUCCAUCACUGGCGUGUGGAGGAGAGGAAGUUUGGUCUGACCUUCCAGAGUCCAGCUGACGCCAUCUCCUUCGAGAAGGGGCUUCAAAGUGUCCUUGAUAAGCUGGACAGAGGAUCUGACUCGCCAUCCUCCUCGACUCCUGAAGAGGGCGACACUGAGGAUGAUGGUCAAGCAUCUCAUACAGGGAGUGAGUCGUCGUCCAACAGCAGAAAAGAGAUGCUGCCCAAACCCAUUACCAUUGUGACCAGUGAGUCCUCCUCCACCUGUUUUGUGCGCUCCACAGAGGAGUUUGCGUAUGGGACAGGUCACGCUGUCACGACACAGACCCCGGCCCAGAUCCACACCCGACCUGCCCAGCACCAGCUCACCCAAGUUACAGCCGUGUUGAACCCUCCGGCACCCCCUCCGCCACCUCCGGCUCCCCCGACUCCCCCCACGGCGCCCCCUCCCGCCUCUCCCCUCUCUCCACUCUCGCCCACCAUCUCCCUGCUGGAGGAAGGGGACCUCCGCAGCCUGGACCCCUGCAAGGACCUGUGGGGUACGCGUGGCUACGAGGACUACCGGCGCGCCGGUGCUACACGGACCAAGGUGGGCGGGCUGACGGGGGGCGUGGUGGUGAGCGGCGCCCAGGACAAGUCAGAGCUUUGCGUGGUGCGCUUCGAGAAAGAACUGGCCGGCGUGGGCACCACAGGCUGUGAGGUCACCGUCAUGCUGGACACCAAAGGCUCUCAGUGCAACUCUUCGCCCACCUGCAUGCCCAACGCCGUGCCGGGGGUGCCGUCGGCCAGCGGCUCCCCGCAGGAGACGGGCAAAGGCUCGCCCUCUCCCUGCUGCAUCCACACCUCGCUCGCCACGCCCCGCUCUCGGACUCGCAAGCGAGGGGGCGGCGGAGGGGAAGCCAUCUCCCCCGACGACGACAGCUCCUGCCCACAGGGCUCCUCCUCCUGCUCGUCGCGCUGCGUGUACUGCCGCUCCGUCUUCAGCGCCUCCGAGAACGGACGGGGCCGCUGCCGGGACGCUCCGGACCCGGCGCUACACUGCCUGCGCCAGUGGACGUGCGUGUGGUGUGCGGAGAGCCUGCUCUACCACUGCAUGUCGGACUCCGAGGGUGAGUUCUGGGAGCCGUGCUCGUGCGAGGACUCGAUGGGCGGCCGGCCGCACCCGCUGUGCUGCGCCCGCUGGAUGGCGCUACUGGCGCUGUCUCUUUUCGUGCCCUGCAUGUGCUGCUACCUGCCCCUGCACGCAUGCCUGCGCUGUGGGGAGAGAUGCGGCUGCUGCGGAGGAAAGCACAAGGCCGUGCGAUGAGGCCUGACCGGGGGGAGGGCGCGUGGGCGGGGCUUAUUGUGACGGGGACGGGAGCACAAAGAUGACGAACGGUCGUGGAGCCAGAUCUCCUACAUAAACCUUCACGAUAAUAUCCCCUCGCCCCCACCAAGGCCGUCUGCUGCAUUCCGCUCUUUCUAUUCUCUGCUCGGACCCUUCACGCUCGUACCGGCGGUGGGUGCAUGGGUUCGGGGAGAUCGCUCUCUGAUUUGCUGGUCGUUGGGGUCAGGGGUCGUCUCCGGGAGGUGGGGAGUGAAUGGGGAUCAGUGACGUGUAAACAAUUGUUAGUUUUCUUUUCUCUUGGGUUCUGUUUUUUUUUUUUUUUUUUUAAUUUAGGGAGAAAAUAUGAGAUGAAAAAAUGUUUAUAGCUAAUGUUACAGACCUUUUUUUUUUGAGUAUCUUAUUUUACUUGAACUACUGAAAGAUAUUUUUUUGCAAUUGAUUUAACGAAUACACUCCCCUUGUACCUCUAAGUUACUGAGUUUUACCUCAAUGUCCAGAGGAGAGUAAGGCAGAUAGAGAAAGAGACUUAUUUUGGGGACUGUGUGCUGUGGUGAGGUUUUGUAUAUGGUCUUUGCGGUAGGUUUUUCACGCACGUUCGGCCAGAACUUAUUUGUGAAGGAGAACAUUUUGAUGUUGUACCAAUUUUAGUUGUUCGAGAACAGGGAACGUGAACGGUCUGAUCGAGGGCAGUUUCACCAAAACCACCACUUUCACCACAUAAGGACACAUACAUGCUCAUUCUUCUGUUAAGAGUAUAGCUGUGUUUAACUUGCCAACAACUGAGAAUGUUGCCUAUAUUUAAAGGAUAGACCAAAAAAAGUGGAGAGAUAAUCUAGACCUGAAUCUGCCGAACAUUUGCACAGCAAAUGUAAACCGAGGCCUUGAAACGUAGUUGUACAUGCCACCAAAAAUACAGUGCAAAUUAGUUAUAAGUCAGAAGGAGAGAAUAAAAGAGACUGUUGUGUGUGACACAACACUUUAACUUGAUCUGCUAGUAUGGCAACAAGAGAAGUACUCAAUCAUUAACUAUAAUGGGUUAUACUGCACCUCACGUGUCUUAACCAGAGCAACGAAGCGACAGGACAUUUUGUCUGUGGAGUUGUGCCGGUUAGCCCCGCCCACAGUAGAAUGCCAUUGGUCCAAAAACAUCAAAUGUGUUCUGAUUGGAUGUGAUUGUUUUACAGUGUAUUUUCAUUUUCACUGUGGACUUGACACUGAAAACUUGUUGCCUGGUUAAAGCACGUUGUCAUAGUGAAAAAUAUACAGAAUUUAGACCAAUCAGUUCAAACACUGACUGGCAUAACAGUUUGGACCUCAAAGUGUUAAGAAACAUUGCUUUAAAUUAUCUCAAAGCUGCUAUUUCAACUCCCCUAAACUUGUCUUACCUCGCUGCUAGUCUUGAGGAGUGAUUCAGACACAGUUUUGGACGAUGCCUAAAUUAUAAUAUCAGUGAUGGAGAAGAACUAAUGUCCAAGUUACGAAGGAGUCAGUGUUGUAUUAACUGCUCAUUAGAGUCACUUUAAAAGAAAAGAUUUUUUUUUUUUUUUUUUUUAAAGCAGAAUGAACCAUUCGGACUCAUUUCAGUCCAUUUUCAAAGACG